AUGCGGCGCCAAGAGAGGACUCCGCGGAGGAAGCGGCUGCGCGACCAGAAAGAACUCCUCGUCGCCGGUCCAAAAAUCGAGGCAGUACCUCUAGCACCUCUUCAUUCCUGCGCGGAGGUGGACAACGCAGGAAAGAACCCACGAAAAAGUCGAAGGAUAGUGUUGACAGCACAAACAGCGAUGCGGAAACAGAAAAGCUACCAAAGAAGCGCAAAAAGAAAAGUAGUUUUCUCGCCGGUUCAACAUCUUCACAAGAGGAAGAAGACUUGCACGAAAACCAUGGCUAUGCAUUUCAAAUAUGUCUGGGUCUGGAAACUUGUGAUGCUAAUUUAUGAAUUGUGGGGACACUGCAAUAGGCAGCCACGCAUGACAAGUUUCUGGGCUCCUAUGUGUUCCGCUUUCCGCAUGACAAACUACAUUUUUGCAUGACAGGCAAGAGGGUCUUUUCCUGCUCACGCAUUCUUUGUGUUGGUUGCUUGUUCUGUUUGUUCUUCCCAAUCUGUAAUGCGCCCCGUCUUCUCUGCAAUAAAUUCUAAUCAUCGGUCCGUGUCGGUUUUGAUUCUGUCAUUCCUGUACCUCAUUCUUUGGUAUUCCUCUUUCGGUUCUUUCUUUCCCUGCUCUGCAUUCAUGAGAGAGCUCGAGUUUUCGAUUUUGACAUCGGUUUUCUAUUUUUCGAACUUCUAUUUACCUUGCAUUGUAUCGUCCUCGAUUUCUCGUAGCUGCAUUACAAAUAUUUUCUAGCUCAUUCUCAUCGAUCUCGACGUCAGUCUCGGUUUUUUGUUUUAUUUUUAGCAUUUCAAAUGAUCCAUAAAGUUAAAGCUAUAACAUCGAUCUCGACGCCAUCGGUUUUUUGUUUGUUCCAGCAUUACAAAUGAUCAUUAGCUCGCAUUUUUCGAUCUCGACGUUCUUUGCUCGACAUUAUUGCUUAACUAUAGGAUUUGCUAGACCUACCAUAUCGAUCAUGCUCGAUUUCAAUCUCGAUCUCGAUCCUUGUAUGUCGAUAUCGAUCUCGUCUUUCGUGCCCCGAGUGAGUUUCACCUUGCCUUUUCCCUCCUAUUCCCAUUUUCCUUUCUUUAAGCACGUUGUUUUCGUGGUUUUAUGGUCGGUGAACCGGUA